AUGGACAUGAUCAAGGCUAAGGUCAACCAGUCCGACAUGAAGGAGAACAUGCAACAGUGUGCCGUUGAUGUGGCCGCUAAAGCGAUCUGUGAUAAGAAGAGCCCCGUAGAGGUCGCCACAACCAUUCGGGAGGCCUUCGAUCAGCGAUAUGGAGCCUCAUGGACCUGCAUUGUCGGCAAGGACUUCAGCAGUUCCUUCGCCUACGAAAAGAAGAAGCACGUCUCCCUUGAAAUUGCUGGCCUCCAGAUCCUCCUUUUCAAGAGUGCUUAA